AUGGCUGUCGUCUCCAUGAUCAGACGAACUGUCUUCCUCCUCCCUCUCUUCUUCGUCUUCUCGCAGGGCUUCAAGAUUGACUUCGGAUUUAAUCCCCAGAGACUCAUCGAUGAUAUGAGCAAGAGGUUUUUUAUUGGGAAUGAUGGAGGCUUGAAAGGUGAUGCCGGGAAGCUCGAGUAUCAGGAGGACGCAGUUAAUGGAGAGAAAGGUGGGUUUGUCGUACCGGAUGCCUCGGAUUUCUUCCAGGAUAUGGACAAGUCCGAAUUCCAAACAAACUAUGCCGGUGAAUGGGAGUUGAUCCUUGACAAUUCCGGGGUCUCUGCGAUGCACCUGCAGCUGAUGCCCCACAAUGAGGUGGUGAUCUUCGACUCCACGGGUCUCGGUCCAUCGAAGCUUGCAUUGCCUCCAUUUAGUCCUUGCCCUCUGGGACCUGAUGGCAAGCCAGACUGCUGGGCCCAUGCCGUCGCAUACAACAUUGAAACGCAACAACUGAGACCUCUCCAUGUCAUCACUGACCCAUGGUGCUCUUCUGGCGGGCUAGCAGUUGAUGGCUCUCUUGUGAGCACCGGGGGCUUCUAUUCUGGAUUGAAAUCCGUCAGGGUCAUCGAGCCAUGCAGUACCUGCGAUUGGAAUAAAGACACCGCAGACGUACUCGGAAGUCCGAGAUGGUAUGCAACUCAGGCGAAGUUAGAAGAUGGAAGCUUCUUUGUGAUUGGAGGCAGGAAAGCAUACAACUACGAGUACGUAACCGCAAACGGGCAAGCCAAUGGCCAAUUGAUCUUAUCAACCUUCAUGGAUGAGACCACGGACCUUGACGAGAACAACCUGUACCCCUUUGUUCACCUCCUUCCCGACGGGAACCUCUUCAUCUUUGCCAACAGCCGUUCGAUCCUCUUCAACCCUCGGACCAACCAGGUGAUCAAGGAAUUCCCCAGGCUUCGGGGCGGGUCCCGGAACUACCCCGCCUCAGGCAUGUCUGCGCUCCUCCCCAUCAGGCUGGAUGAGAAUAACAAGCCCAAAGAAAUUCAGGUGAUGGUGUGCGGUGGCGCUCAACCGAAGGCAUACGGGUUGGCAGACCCGGAAAGAAAGGGUGGCAGAGUAUUGUUGAAUGCCCUGCAAGACUGCGGACGGCUUGUGGUCUCCGACCCGAACCCCAACUGGAUGAGGGAAAAAAUGCCGUCCCGGAGGGUGAUGGGCGACAUGCUCAACCUCCCCACUGGAGAUAUACUCAUGAUCAACGGAGCCAAGAAAGGAACUGCCGCAUGGAACCACGCUGCGGAACCGAACUACAACCCGGUCCUCUUCAGACCUGAGAAGGUCGGGAGGGAAAGGUUCAAGGUGCUGAAGGCUACCACUAUCCCGAGGAUGUACCAUUCCACCUCCUCGGUCCUCCCUGAUGCCACAAUCCUGGUCGGAGGCAGCAACACGAACCCGACUUACCAAUUCGAGGGCGUCGAAUAUCCGACUGAGAUGCGCCUAGAGAAGUUCUACCCUCCCUAUCUUGACCCGGCCCUCCAGCACUACCAACCCGAGAUCCUGCAGUUCGACAACAGGAUGACAUUUGGGAACGACUUCCAUAUUAGCUUCCGUGUCUUCGGUACCCUUAACGAGGUCCCGAUGAGGCAAAUCAAGGUCACGAUGUAUGCGCCGCCCUUCACCACCCAUGGCUAUUCCAUGAACCAGAGGCUCAUCCAGCUCGGCUUCACCGACCUCUCGGCUGAUCUGUUCGGGGUCCAGCAUGUCACGGCCAGGGCUCCACCAUCAGGCAGGAUUGCUCCGGCUGGGUACUACCUCGUGUUUGUGGUCUACCGUGGGAUCCCGAGUGUCGGGAAAUGGGUCCAAAUCCAGUAA